AUGACGGCCGACACUGCCAGAUCCUCACAGAAUGCAUUUGCGCAGCCUUUCGCUUUGAGCGCUAGGUAUGCUGCCGACCGCGGUGACGCACCCAAAGGCGAGGAUGACUUCGUGCCGGAUCUCAACGUGCGUCUGAUCUGCCGAGACUGCAAGGUCGACCCACCCAAUCUGGCGGAGGAGUUCGAAUCGGGUGAUCUGGUCUGCGCCGACUGCGGACUGGUGGUGGGUGAAAACAUCAUCGAUACCCGCUCGGAAUGGCGUACGUUUGCGAACGAGGACGGCGACGAUCCAUCGCGUGUGGGCGCAGCUAGCAACCCGCUGCUGGACGGUAUCAACGAGCAGCUCGAGUCGCGCAUCGGAUACAGGGAUGGUGGCACUGGUGCAUCGAGGGAUCUGCAGCGGACCAUGAACCGCGCCACGGGAACGAGGGAUCGCAACAUGCUCGACGCAUUCGAGGACAUCCAGCGCAAGUGCGACUCGAUUCAUCUGCCAAGAACGGUGUCAGAUGUGGCCAAGCAGGCGUAUCGACGGGUGGAAGAGGAGAAGAUCCUGCGUGGUAAGAAGCCGGAUGCGAUCAUCGCCGCUGCCAUCUACGUGGCUUGCAAGAUGAGCCAUGUGCCUCGAACCUUCCCAGAAAUCUGCUCGCUGACCAGCGUGUCGAAGAAGCACAUUGGGCAAUGCUUCAAGGAGAUGCAGCAGGCGUUCGGUCUCAACGCAACGGGCACGGGCUCCGUGGAUGGAUCGAGGAUCAGUGCCGACAACAGCGGUACCUCUACGCCUGUUGGCAUCGGACCAACAGGGGCAGCGGAUCUUGUGGGUCGAUACUGCAACCACUUGGGCCUCGAGAUGCGCAUCACACGAUCCACCGAGGACAUCACCGCGCGUGUGCGGGAGCUUGGCAUCCUUGCCGGCCGUAGUCCGAUCACGAUCGCCGCAGCAUGCAUCUACUUCUCCACGCUGCUGUGGGGAGUGGACAAGGGGGCUAAGCGCAUCAGCCAAGCGGCUGGUGUGAGCGACGUGACAAUCAAAAACUCGUUCAAGGAGCUUCUCAAGCACAAGGAGAAGAUCGCCACGCCCGAGAUUCUGGCCAAAAGCCCGCAGAUGGAUAUCUCACGGCUGGAUGUGUGA